GGAGAUGUUCCCUCGUUUCCUGCAGAACAGGAAGUUGUGCCGGGACCUUCGCAAACAGACCUCUGAGUGCUGGCAGCUGCAGAGCCAGUGUGAGGCCUGUCAGGGAGCGCUGCUCACAGAGUGCCCCAGCGUCCGGGACCUGCAUGUGGAGCUGGACGAGGCCUCCCAGAUGUUGGAUGUUUCCACAGAGCAGUACGAUGAGAUCCUGUCCAUCGUCCAUCACCACACUGAUGAGACCGUCAAGUGGCUGAGCAACAUGGCGGCCGACAUCAGCUGGGUGGCUCAGUCCGUGAACAGCAACACUCCUGAAAACUUCUUCAGUGUCAACGUGGUGGCACCAAACACCCAGGAUGAACAGAAUGAAUCUGAGACGGAGACCAAGGUGGAGGUGAACAUCCUGAACUCUCCCCCAAUCAUCUUCUCUGUCCCUGGGGAGCUGAAGCUGAGGGGCCCCGCCUUCAUCCAGUAUGUGACCCAGGAGGCUCUGAGCAAGUACAAGGAAAUGCUCAGGUACUAUGAGGAUGAGUAAACUACAGUCUCCUUUUCUAAACUUCUACCAGCACUUUCUUUAAGAUUAGAACUAGCUUGUGCUCCUGUAUGCAAACCAUGUCAAUCAUUCCUAUUUAUUGAAUGUAAAAUGAAGAAAAUGUACAUACCUGUUGUAAAUUGGUGGACAUAAAUACAAUUAAAUACCAAAAGAGCCUUGAGUGAUUUAUAAAAGGCCACAUUGAGCUUCUUGGAGCCGAGUUGUUCAAGACGUGGACAUCAAACUUGGACAUCGCAGGCUGAUCUGAACGAGGUUGGAUGUUGCUUGCAAAGAACAAGAGAAGGCUAAAUGAUUCCUUUGAGGAACAACUUUUAUUUUUUCUGAACAAAAUCAUAUUAGUUAUUCUCAGUAAUGUCAUUAUCAUCUCCCCACCAGUUCAAGUUCCAUUUUCAGAAACAAUCACAUAUUAGCUUGUGAGUGAAACACAAAGAAAAACAAAAAAAAUUCACAUCUUUGUCCGAUCCUUAUUAUUACUUAUCGAAUGACAGUAAGAUUUCCCAUCUCAUACCGCUGGACAGACAGUGGAGGUAACCUUUUAUUGGACUUUUAUAUUACUUAUAGAAGCACCAAAGCCCUGACCGGCCCACUGUGUGUGUACGGUGUUUGUUUUGUCUGGUAUUAAUAUCUCCACCCCAGAAGUGAUCCAUCAUCUCUACAACUGGGAAGUAAGAAAACCAUAAAGGGGAGCUAGAGAGGAAAAUGCCAUCUGAGAGCUGUUGUUCCUGAACACAUGGCUGGUUGACUUUGAUUAAUACAAAUUGUGUAUUAGGAUUUAGAUGAAAGGAUUCCCUCCGUUAGACAGAGAAUUCAUUCGAGUAAAGGCAUGUUAAGUUUUAGUUUUGUGGUAUUUUACUGAGAAGAACAGAAAGAAAUACUACAGCAGCAUGUAUGAUCUAACAUAAUCCUUCACCAGGAAUAGAUGGGAAAACUGCCAUUUUAAAACUGUGCAACUUUGUUAAGAUUCUUUU